GGUUCAAUGUUUCCAUUGCCACGUGUUUUGUAUGCUAUGGCUACAGAUGGAUUGUUAUUCCGUUUCUUGGGUAAAGUAAAUGCACGUUUUCAAACUCCAUUGAUAGGCACUAUUGUAUCAGGUGUCACUGGAUGCAUAAUGGCUGGAUUAUUUAGCCUACAGGAUUUAGUCGACAUGAUGUCAAUCGGUACACUGCUUGCGUAUACUCUGGUUUCUGUAUCUGUACUGCUUUUAAGAGGUCAAAGAAAAUCAGUUGGAUAUCAUGAUACUACUAGCGAUAACAGUAAAACCUAUCCGACAGAAAUUGAAUGUCAAUCAAAUGAAAAGUUGGGAUUGUCCCGAGAAAAACCACAACUACCCAAAUUUGUAAAUGAUGUAGAUAAAGUAGACACUCCGUGUAAUGAUGGUGAGAAGCCAACAAAAGAUAAUGGUCACCUACCCGAUUGUAAUGAGGCAUUCGUUUGUGUGAUAACAAAUUCAAGUCCAAGUUGUUCAUCAUACACUUUAGAACAGACAAAUGAUUCUGAGAAAUCAAAUCUUACAUUUAAAGAAUAUUUGCAUAAAUGUUUCAAACCAGAUCCUAAUCUGAUCAAGCCAACUGCAACAACUGAAAUGAUAUAUAAUAUUAACAGUUAUUUAUUAUUUUGUACUAUUUUUCUUGGUAACUUUGGUAUACUACUUUUGGAUAAACUACCCGAUGGAGAGUAUAAAGGACAACUUACAAUUCCAAUAUGGAUAUUUGUCGCAUUCAUGAUAAUUGUCAGUAUUAUUAUAUGCGUCAUUUUGGCUAAACAACCUGAGAAUCAAACUCCUGUCUCGUUUAAGGUCCCUGGAGUUCCAUGGAUUCCAGCGCUGAGUAUUUUUAUCAAUGUAUACCUUAUGGUUAAAUUAUCCGGUGCUACAUGGAUUAGAUUUCUAGUUUGGAUGGCAAUAGGUAAGGAUACAUGCUUAUAUUUGUUUUAUUGA